GCGCGGCCAUUUCCUUGUGUACGUGUUACACAAGCCCUCAACUCGGUUGUAUCCAGAGCUCUCCGCUGUUCCCACCAAGGAAUCUCCAUCCUAUCGUAUGUCCGCUAUCCAGAACCUCACAUCUUUCGACCCCUUUGCUGAUGCAAGUAAAGGUGAUGACUGGCUCCCAGCUGGGACAGAGGAUUCUAUCCAUAUAAGAAUCCAGCAAAGAAACGGCAGGAAAACUCUCACAACCGUUCAAGGCAUUGCGGAUGACUACGACAAAAAGAAACUAGUUAAAGCUUUCAAGAAGAAAUUUGCUUGCAAUGGUACCGUUGUUGAACACCCUGAAUACGGAGAGGUGAUCCAGCUUCAAGGUGACCAGCGCAAGAAUGCUUGCCAGUUCCUUGUGGAGGUUGGACUGGCCAAAGAAGAUCAACUAAAAGUCCAUGGGUUUUAAAGAUCAACAUAACCUCAGCUUUUACCUUAUCCAAGGAUUCUUUUCUGUAAUGAGUAGCAAUAUGAAGAAUUUACUCUUGUCAGAAGUUUAACUAUUUUUGUGAUUAAACUGCCUCUUCAAAGAACUUUACCAAUGUCUGUUAGCCUUUUAGUCGUGAGCCAGUCCUAUUUUAUAGCUUCAUGUGACAAACCGAUCAGCCAUAACAUUAUGACCGUUGACAGGUAAAGUGAUAACAUUGAUCAUCUCUUUACACUGUCUGAAAGUGGGUGGGCUAUAGUAGCCAGUGAGUGAACAUGUUGUUCCUGAAGUUGAUGCAUUGAAAGAGAAUGGGCAAGUGUAAGGAUUUGAGUGAUUUUGACAAGGGCCAAAUUGUAAUGGCCAGACACCUGGGUGAGAGCAUCUCCAAAACUGCAGCUCUUGUGGGAUGUUCCCGAUCUGCAGUGGUCUUGACCUAUCAUAAGUGGUCCAAGGAGGGACAACUGGUGAACCAGCGACGGGGUCAUGGGUGGCCAAGACUCAUUGUUGCAGAUGGGGAGCAGAAGCUGGCUCAAUCCAGUAAAGCUACUGUAGCUCAAAUUGCUGAAAAGGUAAAUGCGGCAUCCAUUAGAAAGGUGUCGGAACACACAGUGCAUCGCAGUUUGUUGCGUGUGGGGCUACAUAGACCAGUUAAGAGUGGCCAUGUUGACCCAUGUCCACAACCAAAAGCUCUUACAAUGGGCGCUUGAGAAACGUACCACAGAGCAAUGGAAGAGGGCAGACUAGUCUGAUGAAUCCAACUUUUUACAUCAUGUAGCUGUCCAAGUUGCAUGUUCAUCUUUUACCUGGGGAAGUGAUGGCACCAGAAAGGACAAAGGUGAGCCGGAGGAGGCAGUUUGACUUGCAGGACUGUAAGGAUCUGCUACUGAUGGCUUGGUGCCAGAUAUCACCCCUUCAGAGGUCUAGUGGAGUCCAUGCCUUGAUGGGUCAGGGCUCUCUGGUGACAAAAGGGACCUACUCAGUAUUAGGUGGUCAUAAUGGUAUGGCUGAUCGGUGUUCUCUGAGCAGUGACUUGUUCCCCAGUUUGUUAGUCUCUGGUGUCAUUGCACAUCUGCAAAGCUGGGUAAGGGUUUCAUUCCCCAAAAUGUGACGAAACUCAAUGGGGAGAUGGCAGGGCUCACAUACUGGAGUUUUUUUUUUGUUUUUUCUGGAAGUUACAUCCAGAGUUUGGUGUUGGUCAGGCAUGUUCAGUACUGUACAAGUGGAGGGAGCAGGCUUCAGAAUUUAAACUUCUGACAAGGGACAUUAACCAAUGUAGUCUGCCACAGCCGUCAUCUGUUGGCAAUAACAUUGUGUAAUGGCAAGAAACAAGCUUAUUUUAUGUUAUUUAACUUGUGUAAAUAAACCUUUUUUUCAUUUAA